AUGGAGCUGCCUCCAGACUUUGUCCUGCCGGACAACUUCGUGGGCACCGCCAAGGCCACGGCGGCUUCACGCCUGGAGGGCCAAGACCGGUGCGCGGUGGUCCACGAGGAGUUGAGGCGGCUCUUUUCGAAGGGUUCCAAAGCAGCGGCGAAGCCCAAGGCGCGGUCCUCCAGAGACGACGCUCCAGCGCUUCCGGCGGUUGCGGCGGCGGCAAGGCCCCCGCGGCCCGCGCCGUUGGAGGAGAGCUCCACGUGGUCCUCCCGGAAGUCGUCCUUCGCGCCUGAGCGCAGGCCGUCGAAGCCGCCCACGCCGCUGUGUGCUGCCCUGACUCUGUCGUCAGAGGAGCAGCGGGGCUUGGCGCAGGAAUACCAGCUGCGCUCGGAGAGGCCCUGGAGCCAGGAGGAGGAGAACCGUGAGCUGCGGCGGCAGCUGAUGAAGAUGGGCAUCAACGAGGCCCGGCCUCACUUCGAGAGCCUUGCUGCGGAGAACCACUGGCUGCGCCGGCAGGUGACCGCGAAGCUCCUGAAGGCCUGGCUCUCCGAGGGCCCCAGCGGCGCAUCCACCAGGGUCCCGACACCGUCGAGUUGGACGGGCUCAGAGAGCAAGAGCCGAGGCUGA